AUGGAGGAAAAAACGACGGAGAUUGACAAAGAAGUAGGAGGGAUUCAAGGUAGAUGGGAGAGACUCUUAGAAACUAUUAAGGAUGUGAGUAAGGAAUUAAAACUUUCAAGAAAUCAGGGGGGAGAAAUAGGAAAGGGGGAAGAUAUAGAAGUAUUUGAACAGAAAAGAAAAGCAUGGAGGGCAUUAAAAAAGUGGGUUAAAACUAGGGAGGAUAAAGAUAGAGAGAUGAUGAAAGAGGAAAAAAGCAAACUCAAGAUAUUGAGGGAAACAACAAAAGAGGAGGAAAAAACUAGGAAAUGGAAGAGGUUAGAAAAUAGUAAUGGGAUGCAGGAAUUUUGGGAGGCAAUCGACCAGUUCAGAGUGAAGAGAAAAAAGAACGGAGGAGGAAUAAAAAAAGAGGAAUGGGUGGAACAUUUCAAAAAGCUGCUAGGGGCCGAAGAGCAAGUGGUAGAGGGAGAUGAGGAUAGGAAUAGAGAAGUAGAGGCGGGAGAGGGUAUAGAGGAGGAAGGGAUAGAAGAGUUAAAUCAGGAUAUUAGCGUAGGAGAGGUCAAAAUAGCAUUGGGUCAAAUGAAGAGUAAAAAAGCGGCAGGAGAAGACGGGUUGUUAAUAGAGUUCGUAAAAGGGUUACCGCCAAGCUGGAUGGAAUAUUCAACGAAGGAAAAAUGGUAG